AUGUUCGCUGCUCUACGCGCCUCGCGCUCACUGCCGCUCCCAGCGACGAGGGCACUCUCUUCGCGGCUGUACUCGCAGCAGCCACCGUCGAAGGUUGAUGAUCUCGUCGACCUCCUCGUCGCCGAGGCCUCACCCGACCCCCCGAAACCUCCAGCCAACGCAUACCCUCCUCCAAAGCCUCCGCCAAGUGCCAAAGGCAACAAUCCCUUCAGAGACUCCGCAGACUCGAGAAUCAAUGAGAUAAUCCGAUUGCCCAACAUGUACCACUUGCACUGUCACUCGUCGCGAAGCAACACUAUUACAACGUUCACAAGACCAAACGGAACGCCGAUAGCCUGGUUUUCGGGAGGGUCAUGCGGAUUCAAGAAGGGGAACCGUGCCAGCUACGAGGCUGGGUAUCAGUGUGCUGUCCGAAUGUUCGAGCGCAUCGAAAAGGAGGUCGAGAGUAAUGGGAAGCUGGAGCUCCAGCUCGUUUUCAAAGGCUUUGGUCAAGGGCGCGAUGCACUGCAUAAGGCUAUCAUGACCACGGAGGGGGAAUUCGUACGGCCUUUGGUGAAGGCCAUCGUCGACAAGACACCUAUUAAGAUUGGUGGUACCCGUUCGCCCAAGGCUAGACGACUAUAG